GAGAGGCCUUUGAUGUCGACUAUUGGAAACUCGGACCUUUGUUUGGAUUGUGAGAAAAUGAAAAAUGGAAACUUUGGCUAUCAUCCCCACUUAAAUGAAACGUCUUAUUCUUUCAUUUCUUCCAUCUAAAGAAAGAAAAGAACUUUUGUUUGUGACGAGCCCCCAGUCCCACCAGUGACAAUCAAGACAAAAACAAAAAAGGGUUUAACCAUUUUUAAGGGCUACACUUAAACCCUGGCCGAUAAGGGCACUAUUCAUAUUUCUCAUAAAUUAUGGCCUUCUUCUCUUUACUUCACUAGAUAUUUUCUUUAUGUUGGGGUUUGUAAUUUUGUUUUUUAACAACAACCUGGCGAAGGAAACCGCAUUGCUAAAAUCCAAAAACGAAAAAACCUUGCCCCCAUUUCCACAAUCUUUGGGCUUUUCAGCCACUCAAAUGCCCUGAGGGAACUUUGCUGUUUCUGGUUUAGUCCACUCUGAAUCUCUUUCAGGUAUUGAAUGAAAUUGCAAACUUGAAAUUUAAGCUGUUUAGGCUUCUAAAUUAUCUGGCUUGUAUCAUAAAUUUGAUUCCUAGUGCUGCCUUAUAAAAUGACAACUGCUUCUGAUAUUAGACCAAUUGGGGUACUUAAUGUUCUUGGAGGGAGAGUGUUAUUGGAAAAUCCUACAGGUAGACUUAGCUGCCUUAAGCUCUGUGAUGGGAAAAUUGGGUUUUCAAGUGCCGGCCUAAGGUCUAUCAUGCCUCAUCUUAGAUGUUCCACCAAUUCUCACGGUGUCAGUCUGUAUCAAAACAAAGACCGUUUUCUAAACCUACAUCAUGAAGUUCCAAUGCUUAGAGGUGAAGGGAACAAAAUGAUAACCAAUCCAAGAAAAGAGAGUUCUAGUGGAAGUGUCACCGAGAUCUUAGGAGACAUGAAUGGUUCAAAUAAUAACAAUGAAGCUAAGAUCAAAGUUAUCGGUGUUGGUGGUGGUGGGUCAAAUGCUGUUAAUCGUAUGAUAGAGAGCGAAAUGCAGGGUGUAGAGUUUUGGAUCGUUAACACUGAUGUUCAAGCUAUGAAAAUGUCACCUAUCUUCCCCGAGCGUCGUUUGCAAAUCGGUCAGGAGCUAACUAGGGGUCUUGGUGCUGGUGGGAAUCCAGAAAUUGGCAUGAAUGCUGCGAAAGAGAGCAAAGAGUCAAUAGAAGAGGCUCUUUAUGGUGCUGAUAUGGUUUUUGUAACUGCUGGAAUGGGCGGAGGAACUGGAACCGGGGGAGCUCCUGUAAUUGCAGGGCUUGCGAAGUCCAUGGGUAUAUUAACUGUCGGUAUUGCCACUACCCCUUUUUCUUUUGAAGGAAGACGAAGGACUGUUCAAGCACAGGAAGGAAUUGCAGCUCUAAGAGAAAAUGUUGACACGCUAAUUGUUAUUCCAAACGACAAGUUGUUGACUGCAGUUUCCCCAUCUACUCCAGUAACAGAAGCAUUUAAUCUGGCUGAUGAUAUUCUUCGACAAGGUGUUCGUGGUAUCUCUGAUAUAAUUACGAUUCCGGGGCUAGUGAAUGUGGACUUUGCUGAUGUGCGAACUAUAAUGGCAAAUGCAGGUUCUUCACUAAUGGGGAUAGGAACUGCAACUGGAAAAACAAGGGCAAGAGAUGCUGCACUAAAUGCAAUCCAGUCACCUUUGUUAGAUCUUGGUAUAGAAAGAGCCACUGGAAUCGUGUGGAACAUAACUGGUGGAAGUGAUCUAACAUUGUUUGAGGUCAAUGCUGCAGCUGAGGUUAUAUAUGAUCUUGUGGAUCCUGCUGCCAACUUAAUAUUUGGAGCAGUGAUAGAUCCAUCACUUAGUGGCCAAGUCAGUAUAACUCUAAUCGCCACGGGAUUUAAAAAUCAAGAAGGUGAAAGGUCUCAGGCAGGUCGACUAACACAGGGAGAUACUGGUCUUGGAAUUAAUCGGCGGCCUUCUUUCAGUGAAGGUGGUUCAGUGGACAUCCCUGAGUUCCUGAAGAAGAAAGGCCAUUCACGCUAUCCGAGAGCUUGAAUGAUUUUCUGCAGUGUCUCAACCAAUGUACUUAUGCUUCACUCUGAAAGCACUGCUUAGUUUCACAUACUGGUUUCCAUUUCUGGAUAUUACUGCAAAUGCUUGUUCGAAAAUAGAGAAUGCUAGUAGUUGGUUCUAUAUAUAGUUUGUUGCCUUAGAAUGCAAGCAGCUACACAUCCCCCCCUUCAAGAAGUUGUGUAAAUUUCACAAAUUUAGGAUAGAACUUGUUUCAGUACCCCCCAUGUUUAAAUAAAACUUAGCUUGUACAGAGUGCAUUUGAUGAUAAGUAAAGAUGAGUUUACUCGAUUUGUUUUA